AUUAAAGCUGAAAACAGCAGUAUAAAUGUAUAAUUAAAUUACAUCCAGCCCCAAUACAAUCAAUUCAAUUUAAUCCCCCAUUUAAGUUCCACCUCUAUCCAACGCUCACUACGCUAACAAGCGCCGUAUUAUUACACAACACAAAACUUUCACUUUCUCAAGUACAAAUGUUCUGUAACCGUUUCCUUUUCCGUUGACAGUCACAUGGAAACUCCACUAUUUUCUUCCACCUUCGUGAAAUCUCUCUGAAGAUAAUCGAUGGCGAGGAGCCACCGGUUUAGCUACCGGUUACUCUUUCUCCUUUCACUAACCUUCGAAACGGCACGACGUUUGACUUCCGCUGAUCCAAACGACGAGGCGUGUUUAAAGAAUCUCCGACAAAACUUACAAGAUCCAGCUCGUAAUCUCCGUAACUGGACAGACAACGUCUUCUCCAACCCUUGCUCCGGCUUCACCUCCUACCUCCCAGGCGCCACGUGUAACAACGGCAGAAUCUACAAACUCUCCCUCACCAACCUCUCCCUCCGCGGCUCCAUCUCUCCCUUCCUCUCAAACUGCACAAACCUCCAGUCACUAGAUCUAUCCUCCAACCAAAUCUCCGGCGACAUCCCGCCGGAGUUUCAGUUCCUCGUAAACCUCGCCGUCCUCAACCUCUCCUCAAACCGUCUCUCCGGCGAAAUCCCUCCGCAGCUAGCUCUCUGCGCGUACCUAAACGUCAUCGACCUACACGACAACCUUCUCUCCGGUCCGAUCCCUCAGCAGCUAGGGCUCCUGGCGAGGCUGUCGGCGUUUGACGUCUCGAACAACAGACUCUCAGGGCAGAUUCCGACGUACUUGUCGAACAGGACGGGGAGUUUUCCGAGGUUUAACGCGAGCUCGUUCGUUGGGAACAGAGGGUUGUAUGGGUAUCCGUUGCAGGGGAUGGGGAAGAGUAAAGGGCUAUCGGUGAUGGCGAUCGUGGGGAUAGGGCUUGGGAGUGGUGUCGCGAGUUUGGUGGUUAGUUUUAGUGGUGUUUGUGUUUGGUUGAGGAUUACUGAGAAGAAGAUGGCUGAAGAGGAAGAAGGGAAGAUUAGUCAGUCAAUGCCUGAUUACUAAAAGUUUGUUUAAUCAAGGGUUUUUUUUGGUUAAAAUGUUGUAGUUAAUUAAUUAAUUACGGCUGUUUUUUUUUUUUGAAACAAGAUGAUUCCAAUAUUCUUCUUGGUAUGUGUGAGUCUUUUUUUUGGGUCUAUUUUCUUUCUCUCGGAUUUUUUUUUUGAACUUUUUCUCUCGGAUUUUUUCUAUAAUUUUCUUUUGUUUUAACAAACUUUUACGUAUUUAUGUUGUUGUAUUUCACAUCUAUUUUGAGAAAAUUCUG